CAUAUACCGUACGAACACCCCUCCUACCCUCUAUAAUAUCUCUCAUCUCUUUCUCUCUCACUUUCUUCUACCGCAUCUAGCUACUCUGAAUGGCGCCCAUGAGUUUGCCUCCAGGAUUCAGGUUUCAUCCCACAGAUGAAGAGCUAGUUGCGUACUAUCUCGAUAGGAAGGUCAACGGCCGAGCCAUUGAGCUCGAGAUCAUCCCAGAAGUUGAUCUCUAUAAAUGCGAACCAUGGGACUUGCCUGAAAAGUCAUUUUUGCCGGGGAACGACAUGGAAUGGUACUUUUAUAGCACAAGGGAUAAGAAGUAUCCCAAUGGGUCAAGGACAAACCGUGCCACCCGAGCGGGUUAUUGGAAGGCCACAGGGAAAGACCGUACAGUAGAAUCAAAGAAGAUAAAGAUGGGAAUGAAGAAGACCCUGGUUUAUUAUAGAGGAAGGGCUCCUCAUGGACUUCGUACUAAUUGGGUGAUGCAUGAAUAUCGUCUCACCAACGCUCCUUCCUCCUCCUUGAAGGAGUCGUAUGCAUUGUGCCGAGUGUUUAAGAAGAACAUACAAAUUCCAAAGAGAAAAGGAGAAGAAGAAGACGCAGAAGAAGAGAGCACUAGUAUAGGAAAAUAUGAGGAAGAAGAGAAGGAGAAGAAGUGGAGAAAAUUUGAUGGUAAUAUUGAAGAUGAGAGCUUGAAAAGAGCAUCCGCGGAGACAUCUUCAUCAGAGCUCACUCAAGGGGUCCUUGUAGACGAAGCAAACAGCUCAUCUAUUUUUGCACUUCAUUUCUCAUCUUCUCUUCUCGACGAUCAUGGUAAUCUUUUCUCAAACUAUACUCAUCAGCAUCAGCUUCCAUACCAUCCCCCUCUUCAACUCCAAGACUUCCCUCAGCUUUCUAUGAACGAAGCAGAUAUUAUGUCGACAAUCCAACAAGACUUUCAAUGCAGAGACUCUAUGAACGGGACGCUUGACGAAAUCUUUUUUUCUUCUGCCACUUUCCCCGCUUCCCUUUGAAAUAUUAAUCCAUAUUUUAUUUCUUGA